CAUUUUUCACUCAGAAUGAACUCCAAAGUCCGUGCAGUAGUCUAUAUUGGCCUACAGGAUCUGGGCCCUGUUAUCUUUCUCAGCUCAGCUUUCCUCUCACCUUCACUCCUGGUAUUGUGUUCCUUGCUGCUCCUUGAUUACUUCAGCCCUUUAACUAAAGUGAAGCUGAUUAAUGAGCUGAAUGAUCGUGAGGUCCAACUGGGAGUGGCGGAGAAGGUGUCUUGGCACAACGAGUACAAGGACAGCGCUUGGAUCUUCCUGGGGGGACUUCCUUAUGAACUGACUGAAGGGGACAUCAUUUGUGUGUUCUCACAAUAUGGAGAGAUUGUUAACAUUAAUCUGGUACGGGACAAGAAGACUGGGAAAUCCAAAGGAUUCUGUUUCCUCUGCUAUGAAGACCAGAGGAGCACAGUUCUGGCUGUUGACAAUUUUAAUGGAAUCAAGAUCAAAGGAAGAACUAUCCGAGUGGAUCAUGUAUCUAACUAUCGACUUCCUGAGGACUCAGAAGAAAUGGAUGAGGUGACCAGAGAGCUGCAGGAGAGGGGCUGUGGGACUCAUACUCCUCCACCAAGUUCAUCUGAGGGCUCUGAAGAUGACAAACCCACCAAAAAACACAAAAAAGGCAAAAGAUGAUUUUGAUGGUGCCACUGGUUGCUCUAUUGACCUGUCAGCUGCCUCUGUACAGGGCUCUGCCUGAACCAUCUUACUUGUUUCAUAUAGCAAUGUCUCACAGCAUGUGCUGCAGCAACUCUCACUAUCAGAAGAGAGAGUGGAGUUAUCAGGCAUUGGACAUAUAAUAUUUUGCAAUCUUUCUUCAUAUUUUGUGAUGGCUGGGUAUAAUACACUGGUCACCACAGCCACGACCCAGGUCAUUACAUUUUGCAUUAUACUGUUCAGUUCUUCAGAAGUUACCUGGAAAGGAGGCGAGUGGGGAUAUAAGGGAAAUCAUGUAUAAAUUACUCAUUUUAGGGACAGCAACUAACUUUUAAUUCCUUAUAUCAAACAAUGCAUGGUUAGAAUCCAGCCAUGGUGUAUAAAGAGAACAUAGGAACUCUAUUUAGAACACCAGAUUAAUUUCAAGUUGGUUUAUUCUCUAUGGCUGUGAUCUAUUUUUUGAAUAAGAUUUCCUUUGAUUCAAAAUCUCCUGGAUGCUAUACAUGUGCUCCUAAACAUAUACUUAUAUCAUCCCCUAGAUUAUCUAAUUGUUGAAUAUUUAUUGUGCAGUGUAGCACCCUUAAAGCUGUCUGUCCAUUUUAUUUUUAUUUCAAAAAUCUGAACAUAUGCCUAGCAUAUACUUGAGCUCACUGUUGGUGAAAUUUAAAUGUUAAUAAAGUAGUAUACCCAUUGAAAAAUAAAGCAGAAAAAAGCAAAACAAAAAAUUCCUUGGAGCUAUAUAAUAGUUUAUUACUGAGGGUAAAUGGCUUCUUGGUUAGAAAAAAAUAGCCAAGCUCAUAGAAAACAAAUGCUCUAGCAAGAGGUAAGACUAUUUUAUGAUCCAAGCAAUACUUAAACCAGAUUGCCUCUAACAAAGUAUUUCAUGAAACAUAUUUGCAGUUCAAACAUGUAUGUGCCUUUGUGGACAGAGUCUCCUUUUACUUAGGCAUCUGUUUAGCUAGGAGAUGAGGGUGAAAAAUAAAGCCUCACUGUGGAGAGGUCAGCCUGUGGGCUACCUGGCUGGUCUGUUGCUGCCUUUCUCGGUCAAUUGACUGUGCUGAUUUGCAUAUGCAAAUCACUACAGCUACUUGUUUAAGUUUAAUCAAUGGCAACAAUUAGCACUGAUGAUUUAAGGGAAAUGAACAGGCUUAGGUCCAAUAAAAGAUUAUCAGUGCAAACUGUCUUAGAUUGGGAGGCAGAGGUCAGCUCAAGAAACAAAUGCAUUAAUUUCAGAAGGAAAAAAGGCUGAGCCCGAACUUGGCUCAAACAACCAGAAGGUGGAGCACUUGAAGGAAGUUGGGGUCUCUUUCAGUUAAGUGCUGAAGUAGAAACACAGGGCCUGGACUUGAACAGCCAUUUCCUCAUGGUUAAUUGUGUUUAUUGUUACAGCUUAGACAGGGGACCAGGGGCAGAUAACAAGUGCACCUGCCAGACUCUAUAACUGUUUGUGUACGUUUACUUUUUGCAGAUAUAUUUGGGGGUCAUAAAAAUCCUUUUGCCUAUAAUAAAAUAGCAUUCUUUUUAAAGUUGUUAGUAUCAUCAAGACAGCCAGACCAAGCUUGUGUACCUUCCACAGGAACUGUUUCUCAACGCCAUGGCUACAAGCCAAUGGCAGCAAAGGCUUGAUGCCUGGCAUUUUAGCUGUGUGCACUGUUUGAUAUCCUGGCAUUUGGGCACCGGAUUCCCUAUCAUGUUGUUGUUAAUUCACAGUUAUCUCUGAAGUUAGCCUCAGAUUGUUCAAGGUUAGGCCAACAUUCAGAGAAAAGUUAACACCUUGCUGAAUGUAGCAUAUUCUCUCCUGACCAGUUAGAGAAGGUUUGAAGGACACCUCCAGGAAAAGUCAUGUUAUUGGAAUCCAUUUCCCAAAUCUCUUAAUGUAUGUUUUAUUGUGAUAAAAUGCACAUAACAUAAAACUGACUAUUUUAAAUUAUACAGUUGAGCAGCAUUAAGUACAUUCACAGUGUUAUGCAGACAUUACUACUAUCUAGUUCUUGUAAUGCAUUUUUUCCACCUACCGUGCAGACCAGAAAAUGGCUACUGAGUUUGAAGAACAUAUUAAUAAUUUGAAAUGACAGCAUACGGUUGAAAAACACUUAUUUUACAUAAACAUGACCUAAAUCAGACACUUCUAAGAAUUACAUUUAAACAUUAAUAAAUAAGUUACUCACCUUCUUGGUCUAAAUUGAUCGAAAUCUAUUCCAAUACAUAUGAGCUAAGAAUUUCAAUACAUAUUAUUUUCUUAUUACCAGAGAUAAUGUACAGUAAGUAGAUCUACAUUAUUCCUCUUAAGGUAGCUGAGAAGAAGCACGUCCAACUUUGACAUAUAAAAUUGGGGCAUUUGUCAAGUUUUUAAUGAACUGAAAUGUAAUAAGUAGAAUCUGAUUUUUAGCUCAUUUUCACUAUACUAUUAAACCAAGAAAUAUCUUCCAGGUGCCAGUAUGUCUCAGCCUUUGUGUUUGUUGGAUGGUCUAUGAAACUCUCAUGUACGUGUGCAAAAGUAUGUGAAUGUGCUACUCCCUUGAACCCCUUUCUAGCUAGUCCCAAAAGUUGGGGCUUAUCAGACUUACCUUAUGCUCUUCGCCUGGUCCAAGUUGCAGCUCUCUUGAGACCCCCUUCUUUUGAUGGAGUAGCCAUCUUAAGAUUCUUCUUACUCCCAGGAGAAUUAUGAGAUAGAUCUAGGCAUCUUGGUUCGCUUACCUAAGGGGCAGGGUGCUCAGCCCUUAAGCCAGAUCUGUAAGGGUCUGCAAAGGCAUUUCCUGUAAUGCCUUCCCAUUAUGGAGUGAGUGUGUGGUAUUGGAUGUUUUCUUUGUGAUGAUUAAACCUCCCAAAGCUCCCCCAAUCUACCCUCCUGAGGCCCCUGUGCCAAAUGGCGAUAACUGUAACUUUGUAGCCCCCAUAACAAUAACUCUUUGAACAAUAAUUUCGGACCUUGGCAAAAUUCAAGAUUAACAGAGAGUGAAAGUCAAGGAAGAGAAAACGGAAAAGAGGAAAACUGACUAAAAUCAACAGAUCAUUUUGCUAGUAGUCUGAUUCACAGAUUUUUCUCUAAUAACAUAUUAGAAAAUAUCCACGACACUGGAUGCUUGGGGCUGGUGCGCUGGGAUGACCCAGAGGGA